AUGACGGCCGCCACCAUCACUGUCCCUACAACCAUUGCUGCCUCUUCUGCGACUGCUUCUGCAUCUGCAUCUGCGCCUGCUUCUGGCUCGGGCUCUCCAAUUCCAGGCGCCGGAAGUGCGAUUGCAUCCGGAGCCUCUGUAGAGUCGUCGCCUGCGGCUAACACCAAUGCUGCUGCUGCUCUGAACACACCGCAGCAAUAUCAUCCUCCGGGCACGAGCAGGAGCCAGCAUCGCAUCUCCAAACCCAACCGCAAGGUCUUUGCCAAGAUUAACAAUAUGGAUCCGCCGGUGCAGUCCUUUUACGGCUCCGAGCCCAUCCCGCUACCCACGCGGUUCGCAAACAUCAAGCGCCGCCUGAUCCAGGGCAAGGAGACGGCCGUCAUGGCCUCGUGGCGUCGCCUGCUCGCCGCCAUCAAGAGCGAGGUUGCUCACAUCCAAGCCCACGGCACAGACCUCAUCCCCAUCAUUGACUUUGCCGACAUUGACGACCCAGCCAAGGUGGCGCCGUUUGAGCGCAGCCUGAAGCGUUACGGCGUGGCUGUUGUUAGAGGCGUCGUCUCCAGCGAUGUCGCCGAGAACUGGAUCCGUGAGACCCGCGAGUACAUUACCAAGAACCGUGAUCAAAUCAAGCCGCCACCGCCCCAGGAUCCCACCUGUUUCGACCUCUUCUGGACGCCGGCCCAGGUCGCCAUACGCGCUCAUCCAAGCGUCCUAGGCGUGCAGAAAUGGGCCAUGUCCUUCUGGGAGACCAAGGGUGCAGACGCUGACCUAUCGCGCAUUGCCACGCGCUUUCCCAUCUCGUAUGCUGACCGUCUGCGCAUCCACGACAGCAGUAUCAUGGGUAGUAAUGCUCCCCCAGUCAACGGCAACUCUGCCGCUGACAGCCUGCAGGCCAGCGCCGGCUCGACCCUCAUCGCUCAGGUCGACAGCGGCAGCCUUGAGCGCUGGGAGCCCGACGGCUAUGGUCGGGGUGGCGCCUACGAGGCCAUCUUCCGUGGAGAUUGGGAGGAAUUUGACCCUUGGGAUCCCGCUGGCCGCGUCGGCGUGACCCCCGACCUGUACAACGGAGAUGGCUGUUGUAGCAUUUUCCGUAUGUUCCAGGGCGUGCUAGCACUCACUUCAGGUGAGCCGGCUAGCAUACGCGUGCUGCCCUCGCCAAAGCUCGUGGUCGCCUAUCUCCUGCUGCGCCCCUUUUUCUCGUCCAAGACAAAGCUGCCGGCCCUGCCCGACGAUGAGAGCGCCAGCCCAGAGACUGUCGCCGAGUGGGAGGCCUUCCUGGAUCCAGACAACUGGACCCUCGACUCGGAGCAGACGACUGUUAUUCAUGGCGCCGUGCCCGGCCAUGCGCAGCGCAUCACGGAGCUGUGGCACCCGCACCUGCGCUUGCGCAAGUCCCUCGUCGAGAUACCAACCCUACGCGCUGGCGACUAUGUCAUCUGGCACUGUGAUGAGGCGUAUAGCAUACUGACCGCCGGCGCUAGCAAACCAGGCACGCCAUCACGCGAGUCUUCGUCGCCGUCUAUGCUCAUGUACACUCCCGCUUGCCCUCUGACUCAGACCAACGCGCUCUUCCUCGCUCGGCAGAGGAAAGCGUUCCUGCUCGGACAGCCCGGCCCAGAUUUCGACAGCAUUGGCUCAAGCCUAGGCACUGAAGCGCCCCACGAGGGCCGCCCGGGCAAGGACGAGAUUGCGGCUGUAGGGGGCCAAGAUGGUCUGCGCGCCAUGGGACUUGCGCCAUGGGAACUCGACGCCGCCAAAUCUGGCACAGCUGCUGUUGUUUCCAAAGAUGAAGAUAAGGACGAUAAGAUGGAUCUAGAUUCGGACAGGAAAUCCAUCUCGUCGCGGUCUGAUGGCGAGGCCGAGGUCGUCCGACUAGCCAACAUCAUCCUAUUCCCAGACAGAUACGAUUUUUACAUCCCAACGGAGGCAACGGACGAGUCAAAACCAAGGAUCAACGGUCGUGCUCAAGCAGAACAGAUGGCUGCGACGAGGCAGCUGAUUGCCCGUGUUCUGUCAUAA